AUGACAGCUAACUCACUACGAGAGAUCUCAGCCCAUAACUGGCGCACGUUCAAGCGUCAAUAUGUCAACGAAAUCUCCGGCUCCCUCGGUGACCUGGGCACUUUCCUCCCCAUCGCCAUAGCAUUAUCCGUCAACGGCACGGUCUCUCUAGCCAGCACCCUAAUCUUCUCCGGGGUAUUCAACAUCCUCACGGGCCUAUUCUUUGGAAUCCCACUCCCCGUCCAGCCCAUGAAAGCCAUCGCCGCCGUAGCCAUCGCCAGCAAUUUUAGCAACGGCGCCAUCGCCGCAGCGGGGAUCUUCGUCGGUGCCUGCAUCCUCUUCUUCAGCAUCACCGGCCUCCUGCGAUGGUUCGCCGGCGUCAUCCCCAUCCCCGUCGUCAAGGGUAUCCAAGUCGGCGCAGGUCUGUCGCUCGUUAUCGCGGCUUGCGGCAACAUGCUCGCCCCGCUCGGAUGGAUCGGCCCGUCCUGGGCUGAUAAUCGGAUCUGGGCCAUCGUCGCCUUCCUCGCUCUUCUCAUCACGAACGUCUACCGCAAGAUCCCCUACGCGCUAAUUAUUCUUGUCGUGGGACUCGUGUUCGCUAUUAUCCGCACUGGCGUCGCGGGCCAUUUACCUGGCUUCGCGAUCUGGAGACCAUAUGCCCUCGUCCCAAACGCUCAUGAAUGGCGCAUCGGCGCCGUGGACGCUGGGAUUGGCCAGAUCCCGCUGACGACGCUCAACUCCGUUGUUGCGGUCGUGCAUUUGGCGAACGAUCUGCUGCCCAACCUCAAAACUCCGUCGAUUACCCAUGUCGGGCUCAGCGUCGCCGGCAUGAACCUGCUGGGCUGCUGGUUCGGCGCAAUGCCCGUCUGCCACGGGUCUGGCGGGUUGGCUGCGCAGUAUCGCUUUGGUGCUCGUUCUGGUGCUAGUGUGAUCUUUUUAGGUGUGCUGAAGCUUAUUAUCGGGUUCCUCUUUGGAGAAACGCUGCUUGAUCUGCUGAAGCGGUUCCCCGCUGCUUUUCUCGGGGUUAUGGUUAUUGCGGCUGGCUUGGAACUAGUCAGCGUUGGCGAGAGCUUGAAUACCUCCAGUGCGAGAGACUUGAAUCGGACGGACGACGCUGUUGACGAAGAGUCGCAUCGUUCUCUCCGGCCGGGGCCCUCGGAUGCAGAGCGCAAGCGUCGGUGGACUGUCAUGAUGGUGACUGUUGGUCUGCUGGUGGGAUUCAAGAACGAUGCUAUUGGAUUUAUUGCCGGUAUGCUAUGCCACUGGGCGUACGACGUGCCGGCCUGGUGGGAGAAGAGACGCAACCGCGAGGGACCUAUUCAUCUUUGA